AGUGACAACCCUGCACAGCUCUGGAAUCUGCCAUUUGAAUCGGUAUUUGACGCAAAUGGGGAAUUUCUGAAAUAACUAUGGAAAUCAGCAUAAAGUGGAGCAUGUGCCGCACUUGCCGCAAGAAAGGAACCGAGCUGCAGUCCAUCUUCGAAUCUGAUGCCCAGAAACUGUUGUCCUCGUAUGCUGGCUUAGAAGUGGAACCCAAGGAUGGAUUGCCGGAUCAGAUAUGCUGGGAUUGCUUGGACAGGCUGGAGGAGGUGGAUCGCUUCCUCCGCGAGUGCAAACGAUCCGACGAGCACCUGAGGACCCUCGUCCGCCAAACAAUGUCCUCAGCAGCGUCUUUUCAGACCCUGGAGGACAAGGAUACGUCAGCCGACCAGAAAAAGCGUUCCCGGAAACAGAACAUUUCCGGGAGAAUGAUAGAAGAGAAGCCAAUAAUCCUAAAGACUGAAGGGAGCCCGGAAAAAUCCCAGGAAAAGAAAACCAAAGACGAACCUGUGGAUUUUGUACCCAUUAAGAAAUCUUUAUCCCAAGAGGAGCCAGGUGAUUUUGUGUAUGUUCUAAAUGUCAAUGCGGAAAACGAAGGAAACCCUGUCCAGGGCAACUACACCAUGGGCGAUUUUGACAAAGAGGAAAACGACAACAAUGAUUUGGAAACAUCAUCGCAGGAAGGCACCUUGGUUGUAGACAGCCUACAGGAAACCAGUGAGGAGUCCCAAAAGUCGGAGGCAGCCCUCGAAUACGAGGUAGAUCUGGGCGUGGCCUGCGUGCCGGACAAGUACAGAUGCAGGAUCUGUAGCAACACAUAUGCUCGAAUAUCUCAACUUAAUGUACACAUGCAAUUGCAUCGCAGAGAAAAAGAACACGAGUGCGAGGUUUGCCAAAAGUCCUUCAGAGCCGCCUGCAAUCUAAAAACACACAUGCGAACCCACACGGGCGAGAAACCCUACAAAUGUAACCACUGCCCGCGGCGAUUCGCUGACUCCAGCACUCAUCGCAAGCACGAACGUAUGCACACGAAUGAGAAACCCUACGCUUGCAACAUUUGCGGAAAGACCUUUUCGCUGUCCACCUCCCGUAAGGCCCACUACCUCCUCCACUCUUCAGAUAAGCCCCACAAGUGCCUCAUCUGCGACAAGGACUUCCGCCUGAAGCACCAGCUCUCGGCGCACGAGAAGACGCAUGCGCACCUCAUGGGCGUGACGUUGGCUAUGGAAUAUAGCGAACUGAUGGAAUAGCUUAUAAAUACAGAUAAUAG